UCCUUUUAACCUUUCCCACAAUCAACCAAGCUUUGAAAAUUCCAUUUCCCAAGUUAAGAUCAUCACUAUGGAGAAAAUGUUGAUGGGUAUGGCCGUGUUGGCGAUGUUAGUGUGCGGUUCGGCCGGUGCGGCGGAGACUGUGGCGGACAAGUGCAACGACAAGUUCCAGAAGGUGGCGGUGUGUCUGACCUACGCGACGGGGAAAGCGGCGACGCCGACCAAGGAGUGCUGUGAGUCGGUGAAGGGGAUCAAGGAGAGCGAGCCGGAGUGCUUGUGCUAUGUGAUUGAACAAGCCAAUAGUGGGAGCGAGGAGAUCAAGAAGAUGGGGAUUCAGGUGGCUAAGUUGCUUGAGCUCCCUUCUGCAUGCAACUUGAAGAACGCCAGCGCCAGCAACUGUCCCUCGUUACUAGGGCUGGCUCCCAACUCACCAGAAGCUGCCAUCUUCACAAAUGCUACCACAUCGACAACAACAACUCCUGCAGCUGCAACUUCCGGACAAUCUGCGCCUGAAACGGCCUCUGCAUCCGGUGGAGUGACUAAGCUCGGACCUGGUUAUGCCGGUCUGGUGGUGGCCGUGUCCAUCGUCUUCCUUGCAUUCUGGCCGGGUGCUGGAUCUGUGCGCCUCUGAGCAAUUACCUACUCCAUGUUUAGCUCGUGAUCAUGAGUAAUGUGAUCGAAGAAGGUGGCCUUGAGGUCUAGUAGAGUAGUAUUCUGCAUUUAAGAGUUGUUGGUUGUUUUUGGAUGAUCUUCAGGACUACGUUUGAUUGCCUUUGCUUAAUUUGUAUUUGUUCCGAUCCCUUGACUCGGUAUCUCUGUUUCCAACUUCCUACGUGGACCGGUAAUUGUGUUCUUGCGGUGUUUUCCACUUUCUAGGCCUAUAAUAUUCGAACUAGAAUCAGUACGUGAAGAAGACGCUUCAUUGUUCUUCAAAGUGCAUGUUCAGUAGUGUUUUGUUGAUCAUUC